GUCCCUCGUCGGGCACCGUAGAGCUCCUCCAAAAACGUGCUGUGUUGUGAGUGAAUGAGAGCGCUAACACUGAAACAGCUGCAGUUUAGAGAUAAACACACUUUUAAACGGCUACAUAGUGCCAUUUUUGUUCACUCCAAGUGAUCUUUGUAGAGCUGACCUCACCGCUGUUGAACUUCAAACGUGAGUUCACCGUAAUUAUUUAGCUAACGGCUAAUAAAGCGUAGAGGGAAUAACCAACAGAAGACGACAGUCCGCUUCACCGGAGCGAAAAUCAGGGUCUGUAGUCUGUUAAAAGGUUCUUCUACUAACAUGUCAGCCGUGCCAAACGAGUCCAGAAAGAGGAGCAAGAAGCGGUACGGGGGUGGGCAACCCAACAAGCGGUUUAAGAGCUCCUCAUUGGAGGUGGGCAUGGAGGGGAUCCUCAUCACCUGUAACAUGAACGAGAGGAAGUGCACGGCCGAGGCCUUCAACCUGCUCAACGAGUACGCAGACCAGAUCUACGGACCCGAGAAAGUGAGUCCAGAAGUACACACUUUAUAGGGUCCAAGAGAGGAAGUCCAGGAGUACACACCUUAUAGUAUAAGAGAGAGUAAGUCUAGAAGUACACACUCUAUAGGACUGAGCAAGUAGGUCCAGGAGUACACACUUGAUGGGACCUGAGAGAGAAAGUCCAGGAGUACACACUUUAAAGGGUCCGAGAGAGUAAGUCUAGGAGUACACACUUUAAAGGGUCCGAGAGUGUAAGUCUAGGAGUACACACUUUAGAGGGCCUGAGAGGUCCAGGAGUACACACUUUAUAGGACCCAAGAGAGUAAGUCCAGGAGUACACACUAAAGAGGGCCUGAGAGAGUAAGUCCAGGAGUACACACUUUAUAGGACCAAAUGAGUAAGUCCAGGAGUACACCCUUUAAAGAGUCUGAGAGAGUAAGUCUAGGAGUACACACUUUAGAGGGCCUGAGAGGUCCAGGAGUACACACUUAUAGGACCCGAUAGGUUCAGGAGUACACACUUUAAAGGGUCAAAGAGAGUAAGUCCAGGAGUACACACUUUAUAGGACUCAAGAGAGUAAGUCCAGGAGUACACACUUUAUGAGACCUGAGAGAGUAAGUCCAGGAGUACACACUUUAUAGGACCGGAGAGGUCCAGGAGUACACACUUUAUAGGACCGGAGAGGUCCAGGAGUACACACUUUAUAGGACCAAUAGAGUAAGUCCAGGAGUACACACUUUAUCUGUUUGUUACUGCAGUCAUCAUGUAAGCGUGUUACUCUAAAUCAUAUCUGCAUGUCCAGUUUUGAAGUAUUUAGCCUAUAGGGUAUGGCAACAUCGGUUUAUUAAUGAAGUUCUACUCUCGUGAUCCAAGUUUCAAGAUAACAGUGAGAGUAGCAGCAAAGAAGAAGAGGAAGAUGAGGAAGAAGAUGUUGCUGAAGCUCUCAAGAAGGAAGUGUCACAGCUGCAAGCAUCUGGAACCAAACAGGAGAGACGCUUCCAGGCUUGUGAUAGCGGAGCGAACAACGUCAUCUUCAUCAGAACAAGAAAUCUGGGUAAGACCUGUUGUUGGACGAACGAGUCUGACGUUUCAUUCAGACAUUUGGUGGUUGAUAAUGUUUUGGUUUUUUCACUCAGAAUCUGACAAGCUGGUUCAUCACAUCCUGUCUGAUCUUCACACCACAAAGAAGAAGAAGUCGAGAGUGAUUCUUCGGAUGCUGCCGGUGAGUGCUCAAACACAGCUGACUAACUGACUGUCUUCAGUGUGGUACAUGUUAUUUAGCAGACAGAGGCCGUUUUCGAAUUCUCCUUCUAUCCCAGCAGUACGCACUGAUUCGCCAUAAAUUUAGUAUGCAGUAUGCAGUAGGCGAACAAAUGCUAAAUUUGCAGUAUGCCAAAAAUACCCGAUACCGUGGUUAUUUUUACCGUCAUCAAGGAGGUUGACAAUAACUGAAUCAUCAGCAAACUUUAAAAUAUGUCUAAUUUUCCUGCUUCUCCUUAUUCUUUAUACUGUACGGUACGCCUGAUGUUGACCACACACGGCGCGGUCCAUCAGCCAUGUUUCCAUCACACAGCUGGACAGGCGGCUGGCAUUAGAGGGGGUCUAAAGGAGGAGUUUGUAUUAGAGGGUUUUUACUGGAGUUGUCAAACUACCAAAGAGACAAAGGGAAAUAAGACCAAACGAAGGCGCCAUCAGUUGACAUGUUUAGCGAGGAUUGGAACUUCUUUCAUUAAGCAGGAAAAUAGGACAACAUAACUGACAACAUAACUUUGCUGUGGCGCUUUGCUUGGGUCCUAUGGUGCCGUGGUGAGAAUCAAUUGACGCCAGAUCAUCAAGUCAUUGCAUAGAUAGAUAGAUAGAUAGAUAGAUAGAUUUAUUGGUCCCUGUGGGGAAAUUUGUCUUCACCAACUGUACAUUACAUAAAAGGACAAAAAUGCACAUCACACAGGCCAGACCUUAAGGAAUAGACAACUAAUGAGAAACACCCGGGCAGCAGCAAUUGGCAACAAGCAGCAAGGAGGCAACAGGACAGAUUAUUCACCGGGGCCGACUAUUCAGGGCAUCUAUAGCUGCCGGGACCAAGCUUUCCCUAAAGCAGGCCUUGCGAAACCUCAGGGUUCCCUACCUGCGUUUUGACAGAACACGUUUUGAUGGUAUUGGGCUAAAAAAUCCAGAAAAAAUCAAAUUAAAUCACAUAAAAGAUUUUUUUCAGUGCGUAAAUAAAUGGGCAACUCUGUAGUGUCUGUGCCAUUUACCAGGGUACGAUGGACUUUUCCAUACUGGAAACCAGCUAAACUGGGCCAACCAUACUACAGAAUAACAGCCGACUUGCAGUCAGACUGCAUACUACUAUAGAACACAGUAUACAGUAUAUACUGCAUGCAGGAGUACUCAUUAGGCCAAUUCGAAAACAGCCACGGUGUUGCUGUUAUAUUAUGCUCACCUGGAUAUGUCUAAUCCUUGUUUUUGUCUCAUCCAGGUAACUGGAACAUGCAAGGCCUUCCAGGAUGACAUGGUGAAGUACCUGACCACUUACCUGGAACCUUGGUUCAAAACCCCCAACUGUGCUACCUACCAGAUCACCUUCAAGGCUCGCAACAGCAGCCACAACAAAAGAGACGAGAUCAUCAAGUCUAUUGCAGGUAGUGUUUGACUGAAUUUAUGAUUGUAGGUCAUGUGAUCUGAUCAUUUAGCCAAACUGAUUCACCUUCUUUACUGUUCCAGCUCUGGUGGGGAAGCUGAACCCGAAGAACAAGGUCGAUUUGACCAACCCAGAACUGACAAUCAUUGUGGAGGUCAUCAAAUCUGUGUGCUGCAUCAGUGUGGUAAAGGACUACACGCUGUUUAGAAAGUACAACGUCCAGGAAGUAGUAAAAGAGGACACACCAAAGUCCGAUGUGACCACAGCAAAAACAGAAACAAAUACAGCUGAGGAGAAAGAGAAAUGUGUCACAGAGGAGACAAACGAAGAAGAGAAGAAAGGGAAGGAUGAAAACGGUGACAAAAGUACGCCACAGGACGACAAGGAGGUCGAUAAGGGUGAAGGUGACGAGAAGUGAUGCUUUGGAUUAGAGAAACUAUCCGUUUAUUUCAUUACGUCAUCUCAAGUUGCUUUGUAUUAUCGUGAUUUUUUUCCAGGUUCAUUACAUUACUUGAAAAAUAACAUAGGCCAAAGCUGAUCCCAACAGUUCUCCCUGUGUGAUUGAUUAUUUCUCGUCUUCAUAGAACUGUAUCUAAUGCCUCAGUUCCUCAUUGAUACUUAUUUGACGUGUUCAUUUUUAAAAGGCAGUGAUAUGUUGACUCCCCUGCAGCAAUAUUCCAUCAACUCAUGGCUGUUUGUUUUUUGUAUUCAGAAUUUCUGUAAUUUUAUUGGUGGAGGAGAGAGUUUUGUUCAGGAGUCUUUUUUGGUAACGUGUUUCUUUGAGCAGUCCCUGAAUUAAAGCUCCAUGUGUGUGUUUGACUCCCUUUCACUUCGUUACAGUCUCUUACAUUUAUGGUACAGCGUCAGAUAUUGUAAAGGAGACUGUGGAUUAAAAGAAAAAAGCACAAACUUGAUCAAAUAAGUACUACAUUUUUCUGCCUCACAGCCUAAGGAUGCAGGUCAUUUUACUGAAUAAUAGACCCUGAAAGGCAGCUUAUCACAGACUGCAAAAAUGACUAUUUGAGCCUCAACAUUAAAAACAGACAGUUAUUUCUUUAAACCACAAGAUGGAGCCAGUACCUUGUUAUGCAGACAGACUCUAUGGCAUCUUGAUAACUGGUUAAACUGCUGGAUGUCUAAUUGAUCAAUAUAUUUGAUUAGUUUAGUGUGGUUCCUACAAAAAUCCACAGUUAUAGCAGUUAUGGGGUCAUUUUAGUCAUUUUAAUUGUGAUUUUAAUCUAAAAUUUGGUCCGUGUAUUUAUACAUAUAUAUAUACACACACAUAUACAUAUAUAUAUAUACUAUUUUUCUUUUGCUUUAGUAACCCCUUUUCAGAUCUCUGAAUCAAAGAACCCCUAUAAGAGAUGACCAUCUGUUGCUUAGAAAACUAUAUCUGGAAUAUCAUCGAUGUCAUGCAGAAAUCUCCAAUCUUCUUUUUUUACCUUUUUUUUUUUUUCCUUGUUAGAUCUGUGGAUUUGUCCACCACAGACUUUGAAUGAACAACAACGGACCUUAGAGAGAAUAUCAUAAAUGAAAACACAUGAAACUGUGCUGAAUGCUUAAGUUUAUUAUUAUUUUGUUUUUCUCAAAGAAAAGCUGCAGUUUCAACAUGUCCAAACAUCUCAGAGCCACAAUCACUCUGCUGUGAGACUAAAGUCUUCAAACCUGACGGGGAUCACAGACUUUAUCUUUGAGUCCAACAGGAAGUUUGAUUUCCAAGAAAAGACGAUCAAAUCAAAGUUCUUGUUUAAUAAAAAUUAAGACCAACUAAACACACCGACUUUCCUUCACGCAGCGUCCUCCAGCCUCAGCUGAAUCAAGACUUUGAGUCUCUAUGAACCACGACCGUAUUGACCUGAAUAUAGGAGCACCCUGAUGAUAAAACCUUCCUCCACGUUUCGACUCACUUUGAGGACUUUUUAAAGACCAAAUCUAGUUUUUGUUUGGAUGAAAAAUAAUAAUAAUCAAUUGGACACAGUGACUGAAACAAGCUGAGUUGAUGUUUUUAACAUGUUUUGGUUCAAAUAAAGUUUUUACUAUCUUGAAAUGACAUUGUGACGGUGAAAUGAAAUAAAAAAUGAUCUGGUGUAAAUGAAGAACCAACAUAGUGUGACACAGACAGAGCAUAGAUCUAUUGAUACUAGAUAAGCUGAACAGGACAGAUCUGUUCACAAUAGUUCUAUCUUUAAUGUUUCUGUAGUGUGAGCAGACUAUGACAUGAGCUGUCCUGGCUUCUGAUUGGAUCUUUACAGGUCAGCUGAUGGCAUUUACAGCCUCUGAUUGGCUAAUAACAGAAAUGACACUUUGUUACUGAGAUUAAUCCAUAAACCAUCAGAUUAUUUUCAUUUUGGAGGGCUGGGAUCAGAAAGGUCUCUGAAAACACACCGAUCUUCUCUGUGGGAUAGAAAAUCUUUGGAGUGUCACAGAAACACAAAUUUAUCUCCUGAAAGCUGACUUUCAGGUCUAAUUUAUGGUUUAAUAAUUGUGUUUGUUCAUCCAAACAGGAGGGAAUCGAUUAUUGAUGAGCACAAAGAUGAUAUGAGAACAAAAACAUGUAAAGAGAGGGAAAAUAAUGUCUAAUAAUAUAAAAUAAGGUCAAUUUACCUACAGACAAUAUUUACAAUCAUUUAAGAAAAUUAAGAAGAAAACGGAUGAAUAAAAAUAAGCAGAAGAAAAAAUAAAAGCUCUUAAAUUUCCUGCAAACCCCAAACCCUGUCCUCCUCCUCCCUUUACCUCCAUCUCUCCUCAGUUCUCUUCCUCUCCCUUCAGUUUAUAUUCGGUCUCUAACGGUGUGAAGGAAAGAAAAAACCUUUGGGUUUAAUCAGAACUUCUGACUGAUCUUCUCUCACACAUGGUAUCAACUCCUGCUGCAGAAAUAUGAGGAAAUAAAUCAACUCCACCUCUUUAUAGUUCCACUGGGUGGCGCUGCAUCAUGGUAAAAACAAAGUAAUCCAAUCAGUGUGUAAAUUUAUGAUCAUGUUUCCAUCAACAGAACAAACCUGUUCAGACUGUUUGAUCCCAGAAUAUGAGGGAAAAUAUCAAAUAUCCAGAGUCCAGGUCCUGAGCUGAUCUCAGAGCAGGUCAAAGUGCAGCUCCCAGAGUCCUCUCCGCCCGCUGUUAUUGGUCAGUCAGUCUCUUAGGAACACGGCCCAGUCAGAGACUCACCUCACCCUCACUGCUGCUGCCUCCACCUCUCUGAUCAUCAGGAAACAGAUGAUCUUCUCUUUAAUCACUCUGACAGAUGCUACUUCCAUCUGAGGAGAGAAAAAAAGACGAUCAGUGUUUCCACUCUGAGACUCACUUCAUCAGUUUACAGACCAGCAGGUCUCAGUCCUGCUCAGACCAGAAGUGAUGGUGUAAAGCAGCAGGUUUCCUCACAAAUAAACCAACAUCAUCAGAAUAAAGAAAUCAUUCCUGUCAAAUGUGUUAAAGCUGAUCGAACAAACCUGCUGUGAAAACAACAAGUAUAAAGAACAGCUGUCUGUUUUCAGACUUAGAGGUCAAAAUCAACAAGUUAGCAGAGAAAUAAAGUCUGUGUUGAAUACAGAGAACUAUAAACUGGACUUCAGAGCAGAAACUGAACAUUUCUGUUUCAUUAUGUCUCAUUUCUACAUUUGAUCUGAAAUAUAGAGACGAGGAGACACUUUUUUCAUCACUGACACUCUUACACUCCUGGUUUGAUGAUUUCUGUUCUCACAGCUUCACUAAAGAAAUAAUCCUCUGAGAGGGUCGAAGAGUCAGCAGGAAAUACUGAAUAUCUGCUGUGAUACUGUGUGGAGUGGAACAGGAGAGAUCAGCACAGACUAACUCCAACUCUAUACUGACUCCAGAGUCUCCAGUCUGUAGUCUGGACUCUUUUGAAGAUCACACAGCAGCUUCACGUCUGAAUCCUGCAGAUUGUUUCCAAACAGCCACAGAGUUUUCAGAUGAGAGGGGUUGGACUUCAGAGCUGACGCCAGAGAAGAACAGCUGAUCUCUGUCAAACUGCAGCGACUCAACCUAAAUAAAGAGGAAAUAAUGAGAUUUUAGACAAAAAUGAUCCAGUUUGAAACCUGAUGUCUUACAUCUGUAGAGUUCAGGGGAAAGGUUUGGAAAGUAUGAAUCAAAGAAAGUGACGCUCCAAAGAGCUGAACCAAACAGGAAAUAAGUCUGAAACAGUGAAUUCAAAAACAUAUUAAAUAGUGAAAUGAAAAACUCAGAGACUUUUUUUACUGAUUGUAGAUGCAGCUCAAAAAUUUCCAGAAAAUGUCAGCGACUUCAGGACGGAUGGGAAAUAAAGGAUGAUCAGAAUAUUUAAACUUUGCUGAACCAAAAGUAUCACGUCUUUGAGAGGUAAAUAUUUCAGUCUAAACACAGUAAGUCUUCAGAAAAGUGAAGAUAAACCAGAAAAUUCAGAUUUUCACACAAAGAUUCAAAAACGAAAUUCAAAGUAACAGAGCUGGACUUUCAUCAGAGUCAGAAACUAAACUCUGAGUUUUUUCUAUUCCCUGAUCUUGUCCUGAACAAAAGUUUGAAUGGUUCUCGUCUGACAAAUCUCCCCCUGCUUCUGUUUUCUGUCUGAAUGAGCUUCUUGGUGUUUUUAGUGACUCUAAAUUUAUAAAGAAUCAUUAUUACUUUAAUAACUGUGAUGAAAACAAUGAUGCUAACUGAAGCAACAACAACAACAACACAAGGAAACUGGGAGCCCAAGUUUAGUCCAUGACUUUAUCCUUAUUAUUGUAAUGUGUCAAAAAGACUAAUAAACACCUGUCACACUCAGGUCUGAUAUCAGUAUGAUAUGGUUGUAUUAAAAGAAUAUUGACUCAUGAAUAUGUUCAAAAUGUCUCUAAAUCAAAAGAAUCUCUAAGAAAUCUAAAUCUAAAAGUUUCUAUCGGCAAGGUUUAUGACCGAAGCUGCUGACUGAUGGGACUUUAACACACCUUUGUUGUUGACAAAGUUUACUGUACGAAAAAGAUGAGCUGUGUUCCUGAGCUGCAUGGAUGGUGAAUUCACUGCAUCCUUGAACAUUUGAAUGAUUUAGAGACCGAGGAAGUAAACCCGUCAACAUCACUGCAGUGAUCAUCUGAACCAUUUAUAAAAUAUCAUCAACAUCCAAUCAACAAAAUAACUCAGUUUUCCUCCAUCUGUAUCGGAUUGAUAAUUCAAUAAAAAAAAAACUCUGAAUUUAUGUGAGAAAGAAGAAAGUUCUGGAAAUAUUAAAGAAUUCUAUGAAAAUUUGAAUUGAGUUUAAAAAAAUGAAUAAACUUAAAAAUCAACAACAGAAACUGACAAAGACUAAACUUACAUCAGAGUCUCCAGUUUACAGUUUGGACUCUGUAGAAAGUCACACAGCAGCUUCACUCCUGAAUCCUGCAGCUUGUUGUUACCCAGGUCCAGAUGUCUCAGAUGGGAGGGGUUGGACUUCAGAGCUGAGACCAGAGAAGAACAGCUGAUCUCUGACAAACUGCAGUUAUAAAGGCUGAAAAAAGAAAAAAUCAUUGAACCUCUGAAGAAACUGUUCCUCCGUUUCAUGAUUGAAUGUUCUUGAGCUCCUGAAGGACAUGGAGGAAGAACUUUUUCAGAGUUGAUCUUGAGGAACUUUGUAAAAUCCUAUCUAAACUUUUUGAAGAUCUCGAGAAAUUUUAAGUCAAGGACAUUUUAAAGAAACCUUUAGUGAGAUCAUGAGACACUAAUGUGAGAAAUCACAAAGGUUUUUUUGUAGUCCUGAAUUCUUCAUGAAGAUGAAAAUAGUCAGGAGUUUAUUCAGGGGUCUGUCCGUCUGCUUUCAACAACUGCCAAACUACUCUUAAAUAAACCAACAGAUCAUUGAUCAGAGAGGUUUUUAUGGACCAACUGGACAAGAUGAUGUUCAUGUUCAACAAACUGAAGUAAAAAAAUCUGGAUCUGGUUUUUACACAUGAACACGACAAAGAAGAAAUUCAAGUUUUCAAGAGUUUCCAAAUGAAAUAUCCAGAGUUGGAUUAACUUUGUUCUUCAGGUUUCAAUCUGCAGCUCAUCAUUUCUCUGACACUUCAUUCAUUCAUUCAUUCAUUCAUUAGUGAUCACAUUAAUCGUGGAUCAGUUCAAUAUCAGCCUUUAGUCUGUGCUGCUCCUGCCCUCUACAAGCAUGUGUAAUAUUUGUGGGACUGAUUUUCUCCUGCUUCCUUUCUCCAUCCAUCGUUCUCCUCAAAGUCAACUCUGAAAUGUCAGAUUUUUCAAACAGUUCGACCAAAGUUGAUGGAAAAACCACAGAGAAAAAUCUAAGGCAGCAGCUGUCACAUCUUAUUGUUAGAUCAGAAGGAAAUGGUGUCUCACUUCAGAGUCUCCAGUCUGCAGUUUGGACUCUCCAGUCCUGCAGAGAGAAGCUUCACUCCUGAAUCCUGCAGAUCGUUUUCACUUAGGUUCAGAUGUCUCAGAUGGGAGGGGUUGGACUUCAGAGCUGAGGCCACAACUUCACAGUGAGUCUCUGAGAGUCUACAAUCCCAAAAUCUGUAACACACAUAAAUAUCAAACAAUAUUUAACUGAAGGGUAAUUUGAUGUUUCUCUUCAAAAACAACUCAAACAUGAUCUUUGGUUUGACAGACGGCCUGUUUUUAACCAGACAGAUACUAAUAUCAGGACCACAGCCAUGAGAGAAGACAGGAAGUCAAAGUUUAGAAGAAAAAAAAACUGUUCAGAUGUUCAAGACAAAUGACUCCAUGACUUAUUUUAGUCAUUCUGUCCUCUAACAGUGUUGUCUUCAUGUUAGUGCAGCUGGAUCAUUAUGAUUGUGUGAAUUCUUGAGUUCUGGUUGGAGAAGGGGACUGAGAACCAGGUUUUUGGUCCUGGUAUGUGAUUGGUUAGUAUCCAAAGUACCUCUUGGAGAAUCAGUGCUCCUCUCAGUACUUCAUGUUGAUAUCCUGCUGUAAUGUAAGUCUUUCCAUAGACACUGACCGAUCAGAGGAUGACUCACUGAAUCACAGCAGCUCCUUUUUCUCUAAUUGGUUCAACAUAAAAUCAUUUUUUUAGCAGCUUAGAGCUGGUUUGACUCUGAACAUUUGAAGAGUUGAAGAUUUCUUUGUUUUCACAAUGAAAGUUUUUUCUCCAUGUAACAUUCCCUUCAGCAGCAGAAACAAGUUUAUAAAACCUGAUGAAUCCAGAGAGACCUUUAAGAGACAGAAACAAAGACCCACGGAACCUCUGUCUUUGGGCUCUGGUCAUCUCUCUCGCUCUCUGUCUGUCGCUCUCUCUCUUUGUCUCUCCCUCUCGGCACAUUAUCGGCCAAUACUUAAACCUGAAGAGCUGUGGUCAAAGUUGGGUUGAGGUUAUUUGAACUCUAGGGGGCGUACGUUCUCAUGACUCCUUUUAAAAUAACAGAUUGAAUUUUGCAAGUUUGUGUGCUUCAUGCAGAAACAAACAUUUGGAGUCAGGGGGAAUAAAACAGAUUCAUCUUUGAACACGUUUUCUUCACUUUAUUAAAUUUUUGCUCUUAAUCAUGAAGUGAAGUAUCAAUAAUGAGUCCUGAUAAUAUCAACAUGGAGGAUCAAUAUGGGUACCUGUAUUAAUUUAACCUAAUGACAGCCAUGCUAAUUAUGGACUUCUCUGAUCCCUAAAAAAUUUGUUAGUCCAUUUAGACCUGGUUCAGUCUCACAGACUCAGACCUGGAUCAAACCCCAGUCUGCUUCAGUGUUUGUUCAAAGGCUGUUUCAGCAGAAGGCAGCAGUCUGACCAAUUUACAUCAAUAUCUUAAACAGAGGCAUGCAGCUGAGUGGGAGAAAUGUGACCACUACAGCCCACCAACACCUCAACAUUAGAGGAAUCAUCUUCAGUCUGCAUCACCAUGACAACAAAGGGACACCAUGGAAAACUGAUGAUGAUGAUGAUGAUGCAGUCACACUGCUUCUCCUUAGAGACAUGGUGUCCCUAUAUACAGUGGAAGAGCACGGCUGUUUCCACAUGCUAUGAGGUGUUAUGAGACAGACUAGUGUCAGUGCCAACCUGCAGCACCGAGGGCAAAGAGAGAGAGAGAGAGAGAGAGUCAUUAACAUCCUAUUUCCACCAUUGUUUUCAGACAGAUGGAGCUGCUGUCCAAAUAACUCAUGCGUUCUCAUCAUGCAUAUGUUCUACAGCACCCCGUCCAAUGCACUCAUGCGCUGUUGGAGACCAUUUGUCAUGGGAACCUUCAACGCAUGCACAGCAAGAGAAGAGGCGAGGCUGAUACAGCUCGCACACUGUGCUGAGAAAUGGGGAGUGGAGAUCCUGAGGAUCCAAGAACACAGAAGAGUGCACACUGACAACUGGAUUGUGUACAGCAGAGUGGAGAGAUGCACGUUCAUCUCUCAUCUCUCAUCAGCGUGGCGAAAUGAGGCCCACGCCGCAACAGGUGGUGUAGGGUUAAUGCUGGGCCCCUGGGCGUGCAAUGCUCUCCGUCGGGUUUACCAGCACACCGACAGGAUUCUGAGCGCUGAGUUCUCGAGCAACCCAGUAACAACAGUCAUAGUCGUGUACUCACCCACCAAUGUGGCAUCAUCUGAGCAGGUGGAGAUGCUCUUCGAGGACCUUGUAACAGCUGCCAGAGGCGUCCUAACGCACAACUUCCUGGCAAUCCUAGGGGACUUCAAUGCGAGGCUUGGACCAGAGGACGCACCCUUCCCUUACCACGACUCUACCAACCGCAACUGCGCCUACCUCACAGCCUUUCUGACAGAACACGAGCUACCGGUGGCAAACACCAUGUUCCGGAAAAGAACAGGAAAGAGGUGGACCUUCCGAGAACGAGCCACGGGAACGCUACGGCAACUAGACUAUAUCCUAGUGAGGAAGAAGUGGAGGAACUCCACCAUGAAUGCAGAGCCAUACAGCACCUUCAGUUCGGUAGGCUCAGACCACCGUGUGGUCUCCAUGAGAGUUCACCUGAGCCUCAGGCUCCCCAGACCAAGUCCCAGAAUCCGGUAUGACUGGAAAGCUUUCUCUAGUGACCCUGGCCUUCAAACCAGAUACACGGAGGAGGUGAGGAAACGAUAACAGCAGCUGGACAAGGGAGCGGAGCCCAGUGGCAAAUACAGAAGAUUCGUCAUUGCAAACGAGGAGGCAACCAGGCUGUGUGUGCCCAUGAUGGAAAGAGUUAGAACCCCUCUGCGAUCCAAGCACCCAGAGGUCAUAGCAGCACAGGGGAAGGUGGAGGAAGCCCGCCUCAACUUUGAGUGGGAACCAACUGCGGAGAGGUGUGGGGAGCUGAAUGAAGCCAAACAGUGUCUUUUCAGCACAUAUGACACCAUCAAAGGGGAGGAACUGAUGGAGAGAGUAUGGAGGGUGCAGGAAGUGCAAGGUGUACAGCAAUAUGGGGAGACCUGGAGGGUCAUCAAUGAAAUGACAGGGCGGAAGAGAACCAAAGAGGGACAGGUGGAGGGACACAGCCCUGAGGAGUGGGUGACCACCUGGACCAGCCACUUCCAAAGGCUGCUGGGAGCAACAGCAGAUACAGCAGGGGAAGAAGAGGUACCACCAGUCCUCCAAAACCUCAACAUUGAAGAUGGUCCCUUCACACUCGGAGAGCUCGCCGGGGCGAAAACCACAGUGAGAGUGGGAAAAAGUGCUGGUCCAGAUGGCAUGCCCCCAGAGGUCCUGAAGAACUGUGAUCUCAGCGACAUCAUCCUAGAGUUCUGCAACCUUACUUUGCUGCACAAUGGGCUGCCUGACAUGUGGUCUCUAUCGAACAUCGUCCCAGUGCCCAAAGCCAGACAACUACCAACGCAUCAGCCUGACAUGCAUCACUGUGAAAGUCCACAACCGCAUGAUACUAAACAGGGUCCGGCACACAAUCGACCCUCACUUUAGGGAGAAUCAGAACGGUUUUCUACAGCCCAGAUCCUGGCACUUAGGCGAAUGAUUGAGGAGGUGAAGAAGGACAACCUGACUGCAGUCCUAUGCUUUAUAGAUUUCAAGAAGGCAUUUGACUCGAUCCACUGAAGCAUGAUGGUGAAGAUCCUGAAGGCAUACGGUAUUCCUCCCAACCUUCUCCAAGCAAUAGAGACCAUGUAUGCAGGAACAAGGGCCAAGGUGGUGACCCCAGAUGGCAACAGCGAGGAGUUUGACAUCCUGGAUGGGGUUAUGCAAGGGGACACACUAGCCCCUUUCCUCUUCAUCAUUGUCCUUGAUUAUGUACUCAGGAAGGCAAUCAGUGGGCGAGAGCAGGGACUUGGCUUCACGCUAACACCAAGGAGGUCGAGGCGACACCCUGCAGUGGUCCUCACAGACCUUGACUAUGCGGAUGACAUAAGUCUGCUCUCCAACAACGUGGAACAAGCACAAGAACUACUGAACAGGAUAGAGCUAGAGUGCACCAAGGUUGGCCUUAGGCUAAAUGCAAAGAAAACUGAGGUCAUCACCUACAACAUUCCACCAGAACAGCAACCUCUGACUACAGCAGGAGGCACUGUGCUGAAAGAAGUCGAGGACUCCAACCCUGGAGAAAUCCCUAGAUGGGUGCUACACCAGGAUGUUGCCUGCAGUGAUUAAUAUCAGAAAGAACACACAUGUAACCAACGGAACACUGUACGAGGGAAUACCAAGGGUGAGCGAGAAGAUUGCUGUAAGGAGAAUGAGACUAGCAGGACACUGCCAAAGGCAUCAGGAACUGCCAGCCAGCAAAUUGGUGUUGUGGUAACCAACACAUGGGUAUCGGUCUAGAGAACGUCCUACACUAAGAUACGUGGACACACUCAAGAAGGAUGCAGGAGCUCAGAGUACCAACGAAUUGGCGAGAUGAAUGGAGAAUCAGGAUGACUGGAAGCAACGAUGGAAGGCUAGUAUGAGGAUGACCUACAGAGAUAUGUUCUAGUCCACCAUAUAUUAUCCAGUGAGUGGUGGAAAAUGAUGUUAGUUUUCAUGGUUGUAUUGAUUAUGAAUAUUGAAUGAUGAACAUGAUGGUACAGAGACAGUUCUGCCACUGUGUAGAAAAUGAUCCAGUUCUAUUUUCACCAUCAAUGCUGUCAACACCCUCAUUUACAACAGAUUCAUCAUUUCCAACCUGAAAACCAGCAGGAAGAAGCUGCAGACACCUUCUUCAAACUCAAGUUCACCACAAUUGACUGAGAUGUUAAUUUGGACUGGACUGAUAUCAUCUUCAGAAGACCUCUGUGUGUCCUCAGAUAUGGUCGCUGAUUUGUCCUGAAAGUUUGACUUUAUUCAUUACAGACAUGAUUACAAACAAAGAGGUCCUCCACAGUUAGGACAAGUUCUCAGGGGUCCACAGGUAGACCUCAUCCUGGGCUAACGGGACUUUAGACACCAGGAUCAUGUUUUUGCUAAAGAAACCCCCUCCCUGUUAUUUGAGAGGAUUUCUAUUUGAAGAAGAACAUCAACAGUAACGUGGACAUUAGAAGAACUACAGGGAUCAUUUACACUAUUCUGAGAAUAAAACCUGGACUUACACGGCCUCUCUGCAGUUCCUCACAGCUGGGAUCAGUCUCUGUUUUCCCUGGUUUGAUGUGUUAUAAUUAUAUAAGUUCAACUCAUCCAGAACCUCCUCUGACAUCUGCAGCAUGUAGGCCAGAGCAGAGCAGUGGAUCUCUGAGAGUUUCUUCUCUGAUCUGUUCUUUGACUUCAGGAACUUUUGAAUCUCCUGAUGAACUGACAGAUCGUUCAUCUCCAUCAGACAGUGGAAGAUGUUGAUGCUUCUGUCAGGAGAGAUAUCUUUACUGUUCAUCUCCUUCAGGUUGUUGAUGACUCUUUGGAUCAUUCCUGGACUGUUGUCUGUGUGACCCAGCAGACUUCCUAAGAGUCUCUGGUUUGACUUUAGAGAGAGUCCAUGAAGGAAGCGAACAAACAGGUCCAGGUGACCGUUUUUACUGAGAAGGGAUUUUAUCAUGACUCUCUUCAGGAAGACAUCCAGAGAUGGACCACGGCUCAAAGUGACCUCAAAAAAACUCAUGAAACGUUCACGAAUACACUUUGGUUCUGGGUCAGUGUACUGGUGUCCUUUUAGGAAAGUAUUCAGAACUUCUGUGUUCCUGUUUGUGAAACUGUGGAUCAUGUAGACUGCAGACAGAAACUCCUGAACACUCAGAUGAACGAAACAGUAAACAGUUUUCUGGAAGAUCACACUCUCUCUUCUGAAGAUCUCUGUACAAACUCCUGAGUACACCGAGGCGUCUGAGACAUCCAGACCACACCGCUCCAGGUCUUCUUGGUAGAACAUGAUGUCUCCUUUCUUCAGAUGUUCAAAGGCCAGCCUCCCCAGCUUCAGGAGGACUUCUCUGUCAGCCUCAGUCAGCUCCUGAGGACUUGUCUCAUGUCCUCCUCCAUACUUCUGCUUCUUCCUCUUAGUCUGAACCAGCAGGAAGUGUGAGUACAUGUCAGUCAGGGUCUUGGGCAGCUCUCCUCUCUGCUCUCUGCUCAUCAUGUCCUCCAGAACUGUCGCAGUGAUCCAGCAGAAGACCGGGAUCUGACACAUGAUGUGGAGGCUCUUGGAGGACUUGAUGUGUGAGAUGAUUCUUCUGGACAGAUCUUCAUCUGUGAACCUCUUCCUGAAGUACUCCUCCUUCUGGUCGUCAGUGAAGCCUCGUACUUCUGUUACCCUGUCCACACGUGAAGGAGGGAUCUGAUUGGCUGCUGCAGGUCGAGAAGUUAUCCAGAUGAGAGCUGAGGGGAGCAGGUUCCCCUUGAUGAGGUUUGUUAGCAGAACGUUCAGUGAAGACUUCUGUGUGACGUCAGACAUGACCUCAGAGUCUGUGAAAUCCAGAGACAGUCUACUUUCAUCCAGACCGUCAAAGAUGAACAGAAGUUUACAGACAGCCAGCGUCUCUGCUGUGACCUUCUCUAGGGUUGGAUGGAAAACAUGGAGCAGACUCAGAAGACUGAAGCGCUCAUCUCUGAUCAGGUUCAGCUCCCUGAAUGAAAGCAGGACCACCAGAUGGAGGUCUUGGUUCUCCAAACCCUCUGCCCAGUCCAGAGUGAACUUCUGUGCUGAGAAGGUUUUUCCAACCCCAGCCACGCCGUUGGUCAGAACCACUCUGAUGACCUUCUUCUGUUGGUCAGGUAAGGUUUUAAAGAUCUCAUGACACUUGAUGGGUUCGUCAUGGAGGGUCUUCAUCUUUGAAGCUGUCUCCAGCUGUCUCACCUCAUGUUGGGUGUUCACCUCUUCACUCAGUCCCUCUGUGAUGUAGAGCUCAGUGAAGAUCCUGUUGAGGAGGGUUUGACUACUUCCUGUUUCAUCACUUCCUUCAUUCACACGUUCACAUCUCCUCUUCAGACUGAUCUUAUGUUCAUCUAAAACCUCCUGCAGACCGUGAUCUUCUGAAAGAGAAGAAAAAUAAAAUGAACCAAACUUCUCAACACUAAAACGUCAGUGAAAAAUCAGUCAGCUGUGUUGUCAUCCACACAGACUUUUCCUCCGAGUGCUCUUUAAAUUACUGUAACUUUGCAAUAGCUUGUGCUUUCAGAAAAACUGCAAUGGUUUCUGAAAGCGAAGAAGUUGUGCCACAUAGCCAAUAUACAGUUAUUAUGGUAAUUUCACCCCUGCUGUUUAGGGAAGUAAGAAAAUCUGUCCCUCCGUCCCCUCUCCCCCUCUCAAGCGGAUAGACACACAACAGAGUGUAGAAAUGGAGCAAAAAGAAAGAGGAAGUGACAAAAAAGCGAUUAUUUCAAAGGAAAAUGACUGGAAUACAACCCUUCCGGGUUAGAAAACCUCCACUGAGGUUUACAGACGACUUUGAGACCGAUGGAGCAGCUUUCAGAGCAACUUCAGACAAAGAAAGGUAAAGUUUGACGGGUUGAUUUUCUGUGUGGGUUUCUGGAUGAAUGAAGCGCUCUCUGUGUAGUUUUUAGUUUAUUUAAGUUUUUUGUUGACCUGCGACUUGACCUAAAUGUGGCGCAUGCAUUAUUUGGUGACUUUUUUAGUGUUGUGUUGAAAGUUGAGUUUGUUUGCAGAGUGUGCCAUUCUUUGUUUGUGCUUGAGCAGCUGUCGUCAAGAGGCACAUCUGGGAGAGAGAGAGAGAGAGAGAGAGAGGAAGAUGCCACACUCAGUAUUGUAGAGGGAGGAAAGGCCAUGAGGAUGCUGGAGGUUCUGGUGGUGCUGUGAGACAGCGAAGCCGCUCACUACAUCAUCCUUGAUGAAAUUCUGAAGCAGAACCUGAUGAUGGAGCCCCCCCACCCACUGAGGUUCAACCCAAAACCUUUCCCUGGUGCUUUCAGGAGGAGCUUGCUGCACAUCUUCUAACAGUUUGUCUCCAGCAAGUGACAAACACCUACGUGUCCCAAUAAGCCAUGGACAGCUGGACAAGAACUAGCAUGGGGAGACAACGCUGCAAACUCUGUCAUAAGGAGAACUGCCUGGAAGUGUGAGGGGUGUGAUGUGGAGCUGUGUCUGCAGCCAGAAAGGAACAGCUUCUGACAGUUCCACAAAGACCUCUGAGUGAGAGAGGAGUGUGUUUGCAGCCAGAGAGGAGAAAAGAAGAAGAAACGCCUGAACAUAGUUGUAUUUAUUUAACCUGUUUUUGCACUUGGAGAGACAGAACUCCAAAGUUUUCAUUGUAAAUUUGUUUGUUCCUCUUCAAAUGUCUGAUUUCAAAUGAAAAAUCUGUUGUUCAUGAAUAUUUUCUGUUUUUUCUCAUUAAAACUCAAAAGAUCUUAUUCCAUUUUUGUGUUUUUCUUUAACUUAAAAUGAUAAAGCACUCUUUUAACAGUAAAUUGUACAUGACAGCCAGAUAUUGAAAGUUCAAGGUGUUCUGGAAAAAUGGGUAAAAAUACUCACUUAUAGGACAUUUUCUGCCAAUUUCAUGGCUGGAGGUGUGUUCUAAAGAAAAAGAUUGGUCCCUGCACGAGUGUCCACAGCGGGUAGAGACUGGAUCCUUCAGGAAGUCCUGACAUAAAGAACAUCUGGACAGCUGCUCCUCCACAGAGUCACAUCUCUGUGUCUCUCUGUGGAAAUAAAGAACAUUUAUUUUCUUUAUCAUUAUCAUUUCAUGUUUGAAAGAUACAGCAUUAUUAUAUAUUAUAUAAGUAUUUAUUAAACCAGAGUUUCUGACCUCACUCUUUUCUCCAACAUAAAACAAUCUCCUGUAAAAUUUUCAGCAGCUACUGCCUCAAAGUGUGGAGACAGGAGAAAAAACUAAACUGAUUUUUGAAGGUAGAGAGAUUUUCUCUGACAGUUUAAAACAUUUUUGACCAAUCAGAUCUAAAGGUCUAAUAACUAGGGCCAAUUCUAGCCCGUUUGAGACUAAUUGGUAAUCAGCCAAAACUCGCCAAUUUUCACCGAUAUUUUCAGAAAUAAAAUGCGGAGAAUAAGAUUCAGUUUCACUUCGAAAAUGUUUCGCCAUUUGAAAAGAUCCCCCAACUUAUCCAGUAGAUGGCGCAGCGACCUCAUGACAAUAUUCAUCCACUAACUACCUCACAGCGCAGCAGAGUGACGGAUCUGAAGCAGGCAGCUCUUGAAAAUGCUUGUCUGGUCCGAGUUUGAUUCAUGAUAAAUACGUGGACGAUAAUUAGUUGGUCUUCCUGUCGGCAUGAAGAGCAGUAGCCUACAGUUUAUCUACAGAAUAUAUUUUUUAUAACUUCAAAAAAUCGGACCCCCCCCCCCCCCAAUACUUGGUAUCGGCCCCAAAAAUCCAUAUUUGUCAGGCCCUACUAAUAACAGACAGAUGCUUUGAAUGAGUUUCCAUUUUUCAGGAUUUAUUUCUUCAUUCCUCUUUUGGUAUUUUCUGACCACAGACUGUUUUCUGGGGUCUAUACACCACAGUCCAAAGACUUUCAGGCUCAAAAUGUCCCAAACACAGGAACCAAAUCAGAAAAUACAGAGGUCAGAAUCCUUUUCAAAUGCUGUUUUAUACGACCUUCAUUUUUAUAAACAUUAGGGAUAAUAAGUAAAUCUGAGCUCAGUGACUUUUUCUUUACUAGCCCUUUAUCCAGGUCGACAGGUUCAACAGGAAAAUUAGCAUUUUUCUCACCAUGGUCACAGAGGGGUCAGAAUUAAGAGUUCUGUUUUUGAAACAUCAAUUGUUGGUGGUUGAAAAGUGUUUCUCUUACUGUGAAUCUGACAGUCCUGGUUCUUUACUGAAGUUUAGAGGAUCAUCUUUAGACCGGUCACUCUUCAUAGACAGACAGUCGGACAUGACAGACUUUGCUCUGCCCUCCUCUGAUGGUCCUGGUUCUUUACUGAAGUAUAGAGGCUCAUCUUUAGACCGGUCACUCUUCAUAGACAGACAGUCGAACAUGACAGACUUUGCUCUGCCCUCCUCUUCCUUGACACCAUUUCUCAUCUUCUCCAUCUUCUGUUGUGCAAAUUUAUGGAAGAUGAAACCAAGUUAAACAACCUGAGGACAAAGUAGACAAACAGGUGAGAUACAAACAGGAAGAGUGUUCAGAAAUAAAACAGGAAUCAGAAACGAAGUAGAGUCUGAAAAAGCUUAAUCCCCCUCUUUAAGAGUUAAACAGGUUUAAUGUCCAAGUACUUCUGAUGUCUCCUCACCCUGCAGGGUCUCUCUCUGAUCCUUGUCUGAUUCACGGUCAAAACAAAAAUGGCUGUGAGGUCCCUGAACUCUCAUAAAAAAUCUAAACGGACUGGAUUAAAUUUGAAAUGAGCCUCUAAAUGAAAAUAUUCUCAUUUUUGUUUUUACUAAAAAGACAAGUCUAAACAAAGAGGAGGAAGAACUGCACGUACACAGUUUCCUGUAUGAAGAACUGAUCCAGCUCUUUGUCUAGUCAGGUUUCUUUGUUUUACAGUUUUAAGUGUUUUAGUCAGUAAAUCAUUUUUCAUUAACAGAUGAUACAGAUAAAGAGUUUGACAUUAAAACAAAAACAGAGUAAACACUCACCCUGUCUCCUCGUCCUCUCCUCUCUCUGCUCUGUUCUUCUCUCAAAAUGGAGUCUGUUUAACUCACAUACUUUCACUUUCACUGUUUUCACUGAAACCUAAACCACCAGAUCACAGACUCUUCUCCUCAUUUACUGACAGUUUUUGAUCAUCUUUUAAGUUCAGUAUUCUUGACAAUCAUCUUCCUCUCCUGAGUCCACAUUAAAAUAAGUUCACUAAAAGAGGAACUUGGAUGGUUGAGUCUCAGUUUAUUUUUAAUGCAGCAGCUUCACCUGCUGGUUAAGCCAACAAACUACCAGAUGAGCACUCCUCUUCUCAUACCCCAAAUAAAUGUGAAUAUUUUGUUGAACAGGUUUUUAUUUUUUUUGCACGAAGUGUGAUUGUGUUGUCACUACACAAACUCCUCCUUUACCUAACUUUACAAAGAUCACUGUCCAACAUCAUAUUCAGUGUAGGAGCCAAAUAUGUUGAUGUGAUAUCAUACAAUGAGCUGCAGUUCACUUUGUAUAUCUGUCUCCAUACACCCAGCACGAGUAAAAUCAUUCACGCGAAUGAAUUACAUGUUAAAUUCAUGUUAAAACGCGAUUAGACGCUCGUACUACUCUGGCGGCGCGAAUGACGCGAAUUGGGCGGAAGUUGAAUAAACCGUCCCCGGUUGAUUUAUGGUCUGACUCUCCGACUGAUGUUUCACAAAGUUUUAAUUUUUUUUAUUAAUGGUUCCUUUAAACUUCCAUGAACAGUGUGAACACACUGUAAGAGCUAGAGAAAACAAUAAGAACAAUAUACUGCAUGCAGGAGUACUCAUUAGGCCAAUUCGCAAACAGCCACAGUGUUGCUGUUAUAUUAUGCUAAUCCUUGUUUUUGUCUCAUCCAGGUAACUGGAACAUGCAAGGCCUUCCAGGAUGACAUGGUGAAGUACCUGACCACUUACCUGGAACCUUGGUUCAAAACCCCCAACUGUGCUACCUACCAGAUCACCUUCAAGGCUCGCAACAGCAGCCACAACAAAAGAGACGAGAUCAUCAAGUCUAUUGCAGGUAGUGUUUGACUGAAUUUAUGAUUGUAGGUCAUGUGAUCUGAUCAUUUAGCCAAACUGAUUCACCUUCUUUACUGUUCCAGCUCUGGUGGGGAAGCUGAACCCGAAGAACAAGGUCGAUUUGACCAACCCAGAACUGACAAUCAUUGUGGAGGUCAUCAAAUCUGUGUGCUGCAUCAGUGUGGUAAAGGACUACACGCUGUUUAGAAAGUACAACGUCCAGGAAGUAGUAAAAGAGGACACACCAAAGUCCGAUGUGACCACAGCAAAAACAGAAACAAACACAGCUGAGGAGAAAGAGAAAUGUGUCACAGAGGAGACAAAAGAAGAAGAGAAGAAAGGGAAGGAUGAAAACGGUGACAAAAGUACGCCACAGGACGACAAGGAGGUCGAUAAGGGUGAAGGUGACGAGAAGUGAUGCUUUGGGUUAGAGAAACGAUCCGUUUAUUUCAUUACGUCAUCUCAAGUUGCUUUGUAUUAUCGUGAUUUUUUUCCAGGUUCAUUACAUUACUUGAAAAAUAACAUAGGCCAAAGCUGAUCCCAACAGUUCUCCCUGUGUGAUUGAUUAUUUCUUGUCUUCAUAGAACUGUAUCUAAUGCCUCAGUUCCUCAUUGGUACUUAUUUGACGUGUUCAUUUUUAAAAGGCAGUGAUAUGUUGACUCCCCUGCAGCAAUAUUCCAUCAACUCGUGGCUGUUUGUUUUUUGUAUUCAGAAUUUCUGUAAUUUUAUUGGUGGAGGAGAGAGUUUUGUUCAGGAGUUUUUUUUGGUAACGUGUUUCUUUGAGCAGUCCCUGAAUUAAAGCUCCAUGUGUGUGUUUGACUCCCUUUCACUUGGUUAGAGUCUCUUACAUUUAUGGUACAGAGUCAGAUAUUGUAAAGGAGACUGUGGAUUAAAAAAAAAGCACAAACUUCAGUACUAAAUUUUUCUGCCUCGCAGCCUAAUGAUGCAGGUCAUUUUACUGAAUAAUGGACCCUGAAAGGUAGCUUAUCACAGACUGCAAAAAUGACUAUUUGAGCCCCAACAUUAAAAACAGACAGUUAAUUCUUUAAACCACAAGAUGGAGCCAGUACCUUGUUAUGCAGACAGACUCUGGCAUCUUGAUAACUGGUUAAACUGCUGGAUGUCUAAUUGAUCAAUAUAUUUGAUUAGUUUAGUGUCAUUCCUACAAAAAUCCACAGUUAUAGCAGUUAUGGGGUCAUUUUAGUCAUUUUAGUCGUGAUUUUAAUCUAAAAUUUGGUCCGUGUAUUUAUACAUACAUAUAAACACAUAUACAUAUAUAUAUAUAUAUAUAUAUAUAUAUAUAUAUACAUUUUUUUCUUUUGCUUUAGUGACCCCUUUUCAGAUCUCUGAAUCAAAGAACCCCUAUAAGAGACGACCACCUGUUGCUUAGAAAACUAUAUCUAGAAUAUCGUUGAUAUCAUGCAGAAAUCUCCUAUCUUCUUUUUUUACCUUUUUUUGUUAAAUGUGUAGAUUUGUCCACCACAGACUUUGAAUGAACAGUAACCUACCUUAGAGACAAAAUCAUAAAUGAAAACACAUGAAACUGUGCUGCAUGAUUAAUUUUUUUGUUGUUUCUCUCAGAGAAAAGCUGCAGUUUCAACAUGUCCAAACAUCUUAGAGCCACAAUCACUCUGCUGUGAGACUAAAGUCUUCAAACCUGACGGGGACCACAGACUUUAUCUUUGAGUCCAACAGGAAGUUUGAUUUCCAAGAAAAGACGAUCAAAUCAAAGUUCUUGUUUAAUAAAAAUUAAGACCAACUAAACACACCGACUUUCCUUCACGCAGCGUCCUCCAGCCUCAGCUGAAUCAAGACUUUGAGUCUCUAUAAACCACGACCAUAUUGACCUGAAUAUAGGAGCACCCUGAUGAUAAAACCUUCCUCCACUUUUUAAAACUCACUUUGAGGACUUUUCAAAGACCAAAUCUAGUUUUUGUUUGAAUGAAAAUAAGAUUUUUUGGACACAGUGAAAGAAACAAGCUGAGCUGAUGUUUUCAACGUUUUGGUUCAAAUAAAGUUUUUAUUAUCUUUAAAUGACACUGUGACAGUGAAAUGAUAUAAAAAAUGAUCUGGUGUAAAUGAAGAACCAACAUAGUGUUACACAGACAGAGCAUAGAUCUAUUGAUACUAGAUAAGCUGAACAGGACAGAUCUGUUCACAAUAGUUCUAUCUUUAAUGUUUCUGUAGUGUGUGCAGACUGUGACAUGUGCUGUCCUGGCUUCUGAUUGGAUCUUUACAGGUCAGCUGAUGGCAGAUACAGCCUCUGAUUGGCUAAUAACAGAAAUGACACUUUGUUACUGAAAUUAAUCCAUAAACCAUCAGAUUAUUUUCAUUUUGGAGGGCUGGGAUCAGAAAGGUCUCUGAAAACACACCGAUCUUCUCUGUGGGAUAGAAAAUCUUUGGAGUGUCACAGAAACACAAAUUUAUCUCCUGAAAGCUGACGGUCUCACAAAGCCAGUGGAUUUUACAGGAAGUCACUCCACUGUAGCAUCAAUUUAUGAAGCUGAGAUUGUAAUCAACAACACUGAGUUUAUAAAACAGCAUCGACCACGUUAGUGACCUGAAUAGAUGCUGUUUUAUAAACUCCAUUAACAAAACAAACCUGUUCAGACUGUUUGAUCCCAGAAUAUGAGGGAAAAGAUCAAAUAUCCAAAGUCCAGGUCCUGAGCUGAUCUCAGAGCAGGUCAAAGUGCAGCUCCCAGAGUCCUCUCCGCCCGCUGUGAUUGGUCAGUCAGUCUCUCAGUAACACGGCCCAGUCAGAGACUCACCUC